UGUUUUUUUCGUGGCGAACAGCGUGAUUGAAACAUCCAACCCCGACGGACAAAGGCUUCAAACAGACGAAGAUCGAGCGCCAGAGAGAGAAUGGAGAAGAAGCGUAGUCCGAUAGAAUGGUUAAACCUAAUGGUCUCAGAACCCUAUUAUCUAUUCCAUUUUCUGGCUUUCUUCUCCUACUUGGUCGUCCGCAGCUCCGCUUCCCCACGUCUCUCUCCCCGCCUCACUCAUCAUCUCCUUUAUCGGGAAAUUCAAGCAAUUCUGGCAUUUUCUUUGUUAACUGUUAUAAAGAUGGUUAGACAAGAAACCUGGGAGGCCUUUAUUGCUGAUAUGCUGUUUUUUUCAAAGGUUUUACUUCUCGCUCUUGCUUUAGUAAUGGAUUACCACUUGGCACUUUGGUACUUGGGAAUAUUUUUUGUCAUAUAUAUUCUAACUCAACAGCCUGCCUACCAAGGAUUAGGUACUUCAAGUAAAUUAACACCAUUGCAGUUGGAAACUUUGCUGACAGAGGGGAACACAUCAAGAUUCUGGCUGGUAGAAUUUCGUGCAUCAUUUUCACCCGCUUGCAUACGCACUAGCCAGUGCUUUCCAGAGCUCUCCAUUACAUACUCGCACAAAAAUUUAUCUUUUGGAAUAGUUGAUAUUGGAAUCUUCCCAAACGCUGCUGAAAAAUUUGGAAUAUAUCUUGGUGGGAGCAUGGAUCAACUUCCUACAUAUAUCUUAUUUGAGAAUGCAGUUGAGGUUUCACGCAUUCCACAUUUGGAUUCUGAAGCAAAAUCUUCUCCUCCCAUAACUAAGAGACUUAUAUCUCGACAUUUUGAGCUUGAUCUGCGCCUCCUUGAGUAUGUAAAGGGCAACUAGAUAAAUUUGCCAGUGAUAGCGUGCUGUGCUGUACUCUAGGCGGUCUCCAUUCUGAAUGGUAUGUAUUCUUGACUGGCUUUGAGAUGUAAAGAACACAACGAAUUAUUCAGUCCAGUUUUGUUUUUAAGUUUUUAUUCUCCUCCUGUUGUGCGGUGCAAGACUAGACUAUAUUUGGAAAUUGGAAAACUACAACUAUUGCCUUAUUUUAUCCUACCAUCAAGUUGGGAAUUGGAAAUUGAUGCUGA